AUGAAUAUAGACUUCAGUUUGCCCACUCAAAACUUUACCGACUCCUCACCAAGGAUACACCAAAGGUCUUUCUCGUCGGUUUCGGUGCCUACUCUUGAUAACGACAUUAAUCAUCAUCAGCUUAUAUCACCUAAUCCAAACUCAUUUAUAUUGAAUAGUGACAAUAGUCACCAAUCUAGCGCAUUCCCACCGGUUGAUUUAUUGGACUUGUUGCAAUCGAAUUUAGACGAUAUUGAUACCUUCAAACCACGGCCACCUUAUUUGCAAACUCCAAAAUCAGCCAUUAGUCCCAGUUUCAAUCAACCUUUUAUGGGGUCAAACUUUUCAAACAACAACACUCCUACAAUUGCCCAAAUGGGUACUUUCAACACCUCCUCGACCAAUGUCAAUCAUAUACCCACUUCCCAAUUUUCACCGAUUACUCCAAAUGUACUAAAUUUUAAACCAGCUUAUAGUAUGAGUAAUUUAAGUGAACCAAUGUUGAAAACUCCCAAUUCAAUGAUGUCUAAGAAUUAUUCACCACUGCAAUUCACCUCACCAACAGCUCAAGCACACGCACACGCACACUCAAAUGCCCACGCACAACUUGCAUCAUUGUCGUCAACAACGACAACUUCAAUUAGUGAAAGGAAUGGUUCAAUAGUAGACCUUGUUGCUUUGGAUCCAUAUGAACCACUGAUCCAACAUCAAGUACCACUAGCACCAGCACCGCCACAUAUCUCACAGCAGAUCCCACAUCAACAACAGCAUUUCCAAGUGCAACUGAUAAAUGAUACCUCUUCGGCUGCUAAAUUUUUUCAACAACAAAGUGAGUUUGCUCAAUAUCAACAGGAAAUAGAUAACGCUAGUCGUAUUAAAUUCCGAUCAGAGCUGAAUUUACAGCUACAGUUUAAUUUCCAUCAACAAAGCGAAAAACAACAGCAGCAACAACAGCAACAGCAGCAGCAACAGCAGCAACAGCAACAGCAGCAACAGCAACAGCAACAGCAACAGCAACAACAGCAGCAACAGCAACAACAACAGCAACAGCAACAACAACAGCAACAGCAACAACAACAGCAACAGCAACAACAACAGCAACAGCAACAACAACAGCAACAGCAACAACAACAGCAACAGCAACACUUGAACUUUGCAGAAAAGAAUGAAACUUUAAAACAACUUGAUUCAAAGCCCAAAAGAAAAUCAAGUUGUAAACCUGUUAACAGGAAUAAAAAGAAGAAACAAAGUCCAAACUCGUCAUUCUUACAAUUGAAUGAAUUAAAUGGUCAUCCUGAAGAAAAAGAUACCAAUAAUGAAAAAUAUCAAUUCAUUCCAUCUGCUUCUAGGCAGUCUGAUGAUUCACCAACAACAAUUGAAGCCUUGAGUCCACAAUCUUCUAAUGAAGAUGAAUUGGGAAUAACUACUUCAAACACCAUAAUUACUGCUGAAGAAUUGUUAAGUACUGACUUUUUUGACUCAAAGCCAACUUCUGCAGCGGCAGUAGUAGAAACACCAGCACCUGCAGUGGUGACACCAGUAGCAGCAGCAACACGUUCAUUUGCCACGAAAUCAACUAACGAUUUGCUUACUGAAUUUGUGGAUUUAGAUUACGAUGAGGAAAAGAACAAUCUACGUUUUAUUGACGAUGAUCAGACAAUUUUCACAAUCACAUCUCAGACUAAUACAAGACAACCACAAACUCAUAAAAGAAACACUUCUAUGGCAUCUUUGUCAAAAAAGAAAAAACCAGCAUCCCACUCAAAUUCAACCACUACGUUCAUCAUGAACCCUAAACUACAAUGGUCAGAAAAUCAAACUACAUCAACAACUACGUCUACUAGCGCGUCGUCUACUGCCCAACUACUGCUGCUGCUGAGAAAAACAAGCUCAUCAAACAUCACUAGUAAUGGACAUUUAGAAAUGAUUAAAAGUAUGCCCGUAUUUGCAUUGACUAACCAUUACUCAUUUAUUUAUGAAAAUGUGGACUCAAUAUACCUGGAUGAUGCAAAUAGUAAGGAAGAAAAACAACUGCCGACACAGGAAAUAGGAACAAAGGGUAAAAAUGAAAAAGCUUCAGCUAAGAAUUUGCCUUCCUAUAACUUGCAAUCCAGUUUGGUUGAAUUUCAACUUGAUUUGAAAAAAUGA